AUGGCGACCAAAAAUCAUAGUCGUUCAUUUCUCAAGCUCUUCAAGGGCACUGAAGCGCAGACCAGGCCAAAUGCACUCGAAUCCUCGCCUCUUAGAAGACUCUCUAAUGGAAUCAUACUCCACAUCGCCGAGUUCCUUCCUCCGGCUUCCAAACUCGCCUUCUGCCGUUCUUGUCGACACGUCUACUUUGUUAUCGAACCUCGACAUCUCAGUUCAGCUGGCGUUUACUAUGAAGCUCAAGGUCUCGCUGAAGCUCGCAGGUCUCCCCCCUGGGAGGUGCUGGAGCUAGCAUAUCCCGAGCACCUCGAGUGUUAUUCCUGUCGAGAUCUGCAUCCGAUGGACAAGAUACACGAGUAUGCUUAUUUGGAGGCAAGAACCAAGGGCCCUUCUUUACAGUGCGACCAGUGCUUCAAAGUUGAUCACAGAGGACACACAUUUAUUCAUCCAAAUUUUAGCUUCACGGUGUUUCGGAUGGUCAUGAAGCAAUAUCGUCAAGGAAAGGAUUGCGACAAGCUGUUGAGAUUCCUUGCAUACCGAAGUGCGGCUGUUCUGGACGGUGCUCAGGUCAAGCAAGUCAUUGCCACGCCAAAGAUCGUGGGCGAGAGGCUCCUUAUGCGCGUGCAGACAGCAUACCUUAUACCACCCAAAGGGCCAAGUCGGACGUACCUGUUAGAUAGAAAUCUGGUGAAAUGCCCUCAUACAUAUAAAUGGUCACUUGAUAAUAGAGCCGUCGCGGAGCGCCUAUUUCUAAGGUUUGAAGCCCUUGAAACGGUCUCGGGAGGUCGUCAAGAAGAUAUCAUGAGUUGUCAGUGUGAUUACUGUCCAACCGAGUUUCAUUUCAGUUUGGAACGCUUCGCAGGACAAGGAGAUGCGUUGUUGAUUACAAAAUGGCAAGAUCUUGGUACCGGAUUGUCUCCUCUUGAAUCUGACUUGCCCCCUGUCGUUGGGCGUCGUCGACCCCUUCUCAUUGCUCGACUGGCAGAGAGACUAUCUUACGAGUCACCUCGGGACAGAUUUGAGGGACUUGCUCCAGGCGAAGACCUCCAAGCCGUUCCUGCUCUGAAUCACGAGGAAAGGAACGACCUGUUAAGAGAGAGCGGCUCAAGGCGGGCGCAAUUUAUGAGAAAGAUUGAUUCUGCUUGUUGGAUAUUUGGAUGUGGUCAGACAUAUCCGUACAUAGGGCACCAGGGAGCUCGAUUCCCUGGGUCUACCGAUGACGGCACGGCGACUUGUCGCUCUGCCCAGCUCCAGAGAGUCACAUCUCCGGAUGUCUGGAGAGCCAACAGGAGUCGCGAUGUCUCCCCUCAUGCCCUCGAUAUGACAUCAAGCAUACCAACGUAUGGCGCUUCAAUAUUUCGUAUGGAUUGUUACGGCGAUUGGCCAUACAAGCCACUGCUUGACGACCGAGAACACUUGCAGACUAGAACAAUUGACUACACGAAUGACAACUACUCAACACUUACGUGCUUAUUCCAUAUUCCUGGAGCUGCAUUUGCCAAAUGUCUCGACUUUGCUUAA